AUGAGUUCUGACGGACAUGGAAAUUACGACUUCGUAGUCGUUGAAUUUAUUUCUCGGGGACGGCCAGGACAAAGACAAAUAGACCUCGUUCCAUCAAAAUGGAUUGAAUAUGAUGAAAAGAAAGCGAGACUCAUGGUUAAGUUUAUGCCACCACCUUAUGAAAAAGAAGAUUUCCAAUUAAUUACAGAAUUAGCAAAAAAAUUAGCUGAUGCGCCAGAAGAUUGGAUCCUUUACAGUAUUAAAGUGAGAGCUCAAGCAAAAACAUAUGCCGAUGGAUGUAAGAAACUUAAAAAGCUGGAAGAGCAACUUUAUGCAUUCACCGACAGUGCAGCUGAUCCAGUAACAGUGGCUGCUACUAUUGAAGAAUCGCUAAAAGUUCAAACUUUAAAAAAAAAAGUAGACGAUUUAAAGGAGAUGAUGACUGUACCGCAAAUUAUAGACAGAAGCAAGAUUUCACAGACUGCAACAAAGAAAAAACGGCUACCCAUAGUGCAAGCAACCCCCGCGAGAGCGCCACAGACAGCGACCUUUGCACGAGCAAACGGAAAUUGUUUAAACAAUCCGCCAGGAGGCCUAUUUUCUCGUAAGAGAAAAACGGUUCACCGGGGUAUUAGUAAGCCCGAAUUUUGCGAUGAAAGGCAGAUCUGGAUCGCUCUUGGCACUCCCCGCAACGAGUCCGCUGCGACGAGUACGCUAACAAGGCAUCAAGUCUUUUUGAGGAAGCUACAGAAAAGUCGUCAAGCUGCCGCCGAAUACAGCAUCAUCGCCCGGCACCGCCGUAGGCUACGACAUUCCUCUACGGAGGAAGACGGCCCCAAGAAGGAUUGCCGCAACGAGACGGCUAAAGGCCAAGCGGCAAGCCGAAAUUGCCAAGAGAGUUUAUUAACUGGAUUGGAUCCGUCCAUCUACGAUUAA